UCCUCGCCGAUCUCUGUCCCUAGACUCUCAACCAUCCCGCAUCCUCCCGGGCGCCCGACGCUCUGACUUGCUCGCCCGGGAGCCCCAGCACCCCCUCCUCGACUGAGCCGGCGAAGGCCGCUGGGAGGGAGGAAGAUCAAGUCCCCCGCCCGGGCGGGGUGCGCGCGGAGCCAAACAAGCGCGGAGGUCUUGGGGCUACCGCGGCGGCGCAGGAGUUACAAAGUCGCAGCGCAAGCCUCGGCCGCCGCCGCGCAGCCUGAGCAGCGGCGGCGCCCCCCAUUGUGGCGCCCCCAGGCCAGGCCAGCCGCCCGGGACCUGGGCUGGGGCGCGGCGGGAGCCCGGAGCCCGGCGCCCCUAUGGGCCACCUCGCCGCCGCCGCGCCACAGCUAUGACCCUGAGCACGGAGAUGUCCGAUGCCUCCGGCCUCGCCGAGGAGACAGACAUCGACGUGGUGGGGGAGGGCGAGGACGAAGACGACGAGGAAGAGGAGGACGACGACGAGGGCGGCGGUGGCGUGCCCCGGCUGGCUGUCCCCGCGCAGCGGCGGCGACGGCGGCGCUCGUACGCCGGGGAAGACGAACUAGAGGACCUGGAGGAGGAGGACGACGACGAUGACAUCCUGCUGGCCCCGCGGACAGGGGGGUCGCCGGCGCCCCCGGGCCCAGCCCCGGUGGCAGGGGCCGGGACCGGCUGCGGCGGCAGCGCGGGCGCGGGCGGCGGCGGGGGCGGCGGCGUGAGCGCGGGCGGCGGCGCCAAGAACCCCCUGGUGAAGCCGCCCUACUCGUACAUCGCGCUCAUCACCAUGGCCAUCCUGCAGAGCCCCAAGAAACGGCUGACGCUGAGCGAGAUCUGCGAGUUCAUCAGCGGCCGCUUCCCCUACUACCGGGAGAAGUUCCCCGCCUGGCAGAACAGCAUCCGCCACAACCUCUCGCUCAACGACUGCUUCGUCAAGAUCCCCCGCGAGCCCGGCAACCCCGGCAAAGGCAACUACUGGACACUCGACCCCGAGUCCGCCGACAUGUUCGACAACGGCAGCUUCCUGCGCCGGAGGAAGCGCUUCAAGCGGCAGCCGCUGCUCCCGCCCAACGCCGCCGCCGCCGCCGCCGAGUCGCUGCUGCUGCGCAGCGCCGGGGGUGCGGGGGGCGCUGGGGACCCAGCCGCCGCCGCCGCCGCUGCCGCCGCCGCCGCCGCCGCGCUCUUCCCGCCGGCGCCCCCGCCGCCCCCGCACGCCUACGGCUACGGCCCCUACGGCUGCGGCUACGGCCUGCAGCUGCCGCCUUACGCGCCGCCCUCGGCCCUCUUCGCCGCGGCCGCUGCCGCCGCCGCCGCCUUCCACCCGCACUCGCCUCCGCCGCCCCCGCCGCCCCCAACGCCCCACGGCGCGGCCGCGGAGCUGGCCCGGACCGCCUUCGGCUACCGGCCUCACCCGCUCGGCGCCACCCUGCCCGGCCCCCUGCAGGCCUCGGCGGCCAAGGCGGGCGGCCCGGGCGCCUCGGCGCUGGCGCGCUCGCCCUUCUCCAUCGAGAGCAUCAUCGGGGGCAGCCUGGGCCCCGCCGCCGCCGCUGCCGCCGCGCAGGCCGCCGUCGCCGUGCAGGCCUCGCCCUCCCCCUCUCCCGGGACACCGUCCGCGCCCGGGUCCGGCGGCGGCGGCGGCGGCGGCUGCGCGGCUCAGGCGGCCGUGGGGCCGGCCGCCGCGCUCACCCGCUCCCUCGUGGCCGCCGCGGCCGCCGCCGCCUCCUCCGUCUCCUCGUCCGCCGCCUUGGGGACUCUGCACCAAGGGACUGCCCUGUCCAGUGUCGAGAACUUUACUGCUAGGAUCUCAAAUUGUUAAUAACGCUAUGUUAGCGCGCUUGAGAAAGAGAAGGUAGGAAUUCCGGCUCCUCUUUUCAUCUGGGUGGUUUUGUGUUUUGUUCCCUCCUCCCGGCGCGGCCCUUUCCGACCUCGCGCCCCCAUUCCACCGCUUUGGCUUCUCAGAUGAGACUGUGUCUGGCAACUGCUAGGGCGCGCUUUUCGGCUCUGGAGGUCCCUUAUUUAUGCAAAGUCGCCCUAUGCUGCAGCCCCCCAACCUAGGGCGGGGAGGAAGAGGGUGCUGGUGGGGAUCCGCCCUGUCUAGGCACAAGGGGCUUCCUUGACUUUGGGAAAUUUUUUAAAACCUAAGCCUUUUUGAGGUCUAGAGAGUCUCAGGUCCAGGCGUUAAAAGAAAAAAAAAGAUCGAUAAUGUUCAAAAGAAGAUUAAUACAAAAAUAGUAAAGGUCCCGAAGAAUGCCAGAGAAGCAAUAGUUUUUAUUUGAGGACACUUGUCUGGUGUACUUUUUCAUGAAAAGAAAAAAAUGAUUAACAUGUUUACAUAAGGAAAAAAGUCAGAAUUAUCAUUUCUUAUUUUAACCUGUGUUUUGUAUCAUAAUAGACAUGAGGAAUUUUUAUUUUGUACUUCGUAUUCUUUGCAAGGAGUAUUGUAAAUUUUG